GCAAGCAAGCAAGCAAGCCGUCACAGAGAAGUCUGAAUCGCCUCUGUGUAAACUACUUUUAUACGGAUCUAUUCAGAUUUCUAUGGCUCAUUAUAACGGCUAGAUCGGUGACCGAUGAACGAACUCGUCGACAUGGUUGCGAGUGUGUUUGCUCAACAACAUGAGUUUUCCUAAAAAGACGUCAUUGUGUGCUCCUGACCAAGGUGCUAGGUGAGGUGUUGAGCAUCUUGGGCAUGAGUUGCUGGUCUUCCUCUUCUUCUUUAUCAUGUGCUUCUGGUUGAUCAUUGAAGAUGGGAGAGAGAGAGGUGAGGUUGAAUCUUACGUAAUGACCUCUGUCGCCCACUCAAUGUGCUGAUCAUCGGUUCAUCCCCAUUACAUAUCUACAAUCAGCAUUGCUCCUCGACCAGUUCAAGUUCAGGAUCAGGACCUCAAAAAUACAAGACCCUCAACGUUAACCAUUGGGACAAAUAUAGUGUAAAAUAGACAGCCCUACCACAAUAUUGACCACCGCUGGUCAUCUUUUCGACCCACGAAUACUCAAGAGGUCAAGAAGACCAUGCAGGAAACCGACGUCGCGUCCACGCUGCAAGCCACAGAAUGGUCGGACGAGGCGCUUUAUCUCAAGGAAUUGGUCAGCAAGUUCGAUCUGCCGAGAGUUCUGAAAAUUGUCAAGGGACAAUGCCUCUCAUUGGGAGUUCCUGGAUUGCAACAUCCAACGUACAACCAACACAUUCUUGUGGUGAACUUAGGAAAAACCCGACGCCUGCUCGGACAAUGCAUCAAAUUCAAAGACAAUGGUUCAAAAAUUACCAAAGUAGGUCAUUGCCUCAGUAUCCCGGCCAAUUACGAAGGCUUCUUCGAGAUCCUCAGUGAAGAUGGACGAAGUGUGCGCUGCAUGGAGAGUGUGGCCGAGCUCUUCAAACGAAGUCCGGAAACGGUUCUCGUGCGUGAGCGAAUGAAGGCCUUCACUUCCAGAAGUGACGAUGUGUCCGCCAUUCAAGAACGAGCUCGGAUCAUUGAGGUCGGAGAGACCCUGAUCCUGGUGGGUGAGGUCCUCGCCAAAGACGGGAGCAUGCGCUUUCUUCGAUGCCUCGACUAUUUGGGCGAGAAUGUCUACCUAGCCCUUGACCAGAGGGGCAAGUUCAGUGCCAUUGCCAAGGAGGAGAACAUCUCUGGGGUUCACACGGCCAGGAACCUGCUGAAUAAACGCUUACCUCUGAUGGCACGCCUGGUGCACGGUCAAACCCCCCUGGACACGUCACGACAGAACCAAGUGUUUGUGCCAGAAGUUCGAAUCUUGUCCGAGAUCCAAGAGGAUCAGCUCAUUGCUCUGGUCUUGUCGAAAGAUCAUCAACACGUGAUUUCUCUGCCGCUUUCGGUCAAUCUCAAGGUUCAAAUGGCUCGUAACCACGAUGAUAUUAUCGGCCUACCUCAUUGCCAGAGACUCAUUGCUCAUUGUAUGGAGUUCUCCCAGACUGUGAACUCGAAUAUGACCAUAUUUCCCGUCAAUUGGGCCAAAGACAGUCGUCUAGUAAGCAACGACUUCAAAGGACUCGCUUCUAAGGCCCAUUUCAAGCAACAAGCCAGGCCUCGACGGUUGCCCAUUAACCAAGUUCUUUCCUCACAUCAGAAUGCACGUCAUCCGAAUCACCAGCAAUCGGGCGACUCUCAUGAUGACUACUCGGAGAUUGAGCAAAUUUACGACUAUGUCCGAGGAUUCGCACCACUGCCAAAAUCUCUGAGGGCUUGGAAGUUCGAGCCCCAUCCCAAAGAGGAGCAGCAUCCUCCCAAACCCCCGCCAUUGGAGACCCUGCCAUCCAGGAAGCCGCUCGGACCGGUCUCGUCCGUGCCAAAUGGUAGACUCAUGAAAUCCCCCUCCAUCGAAAGUCCGCCCAUGUCGGUGGUGUGGGAAAUGGGAUGCAGCAGCACUCUGGGUCGAGAAGGAAAGAAGCGUUUUCGGCCCUUGAACAGCAAGCCCUCAGAAGCCACGAUCAACGAACAAAUGUACCAAAAAGUCGCUUAUGGUAAGAGCUCGGGGCCGAAGCACAAACUCUUUCGAAAGGGUGGAGGAGCCAAGUCAAUUAAACAUGACAUGAUAGUGAAUACCAGCAACAACCACAACAACAGCAACAGCAGCAACACCACUAGCCCCACCAUGAGCGCCACUCCACCCAGUUUCUUUCAACUUCGAUACAAAAGCCUUACUAAUCUGACGCAGGGCGGGACCGGUUACGACACCUUGGAUUCGAGCAAUAGCGGCGGUGUCAAAACGUCCACCGGAGACUCGGGCGGGUCCCGGACUCUCCCACCCAGUGAGAAACGAAGCCGAAUGCUAAACCGGCCCAAAUCUCUGACAAACUUGGUAUGGGGAGCGGUGAGUCGAAACCCCUCCAACUUCCGCUCUGCGACCAUGUCCCGAUCUGGCUCAGCUUGGAAUUACACAGACUCGAUAUCACACAAAGCCUCACCAGUCCGAGAAAUGUUUUCUCAUCACAGCAAAAAAAUGGGAACCAUUUCGGGGUCCAGAAAAGUCGGGACUUUGUAUUUGUAAACGUUAACCACUGAAAUACACAGAAAAAGCCAUAAAGAGACAUUU